CGACGAGGAACUGGAACGGUUACAAGGAGCCCGGUUGAUUAAUUUAGACAAGGUGUCUGCAAUGGAUUAAGGCUCGCGGAAGACCGCACGUACAACUAAACGUCAACAAUAUCAACAAACACAAGGCUGUAUGUUCAGAGGGACGCAGAUUGCUUCAAAGAGCAAGGCAACGCUUUCUACAUCCAGAAGGAUUAUGCUGAAGCCUUAAAUUAUUACACUAAGGCCAUCGACAUGUGUCCGAAGAACGCCAGUUACUAUGGCAACCGAGCAGCCACGUUGAUGAUGCUGUGUCGGUACCGGGAGGCUUUGGAGGAUUCCCAGCAAGCAGUGCGGCUGGAUAAUUCUUUUAUGAAGGGGCACCUGCGGGAGGGGAAGUGCCACCUCUCCCUCGGCAACGCCAUGGCGGCCUCGCGCUGUUUCCAGAAGGUUCUGGAGCUGGAGGCCGACAACAGCCAAGCACAGCAGGAGCUGAAGAGUGCCGAGUCCAUCCUGGAGUACGAGCGGAUGGCGGAGAUCGGCUUCGACAAGCGAGACUACCGCAUGGUGGUCUUCUGCAUGGACCGAGCCCUGCAGUCAGCCUCGGCCUGCCAUCGCUUCAAGAUACUCAAGGCCGAGUGCUUGGCCCUGCUGGGACGCUACCCGGAGGCUCAGUCCGUGGCCAGCGACAUUUUAAGAAUGGACUCCACCAACGCCGAUGCGCUGUACGUGCGCGGCCUUUGUUUGUACUACGAGGACUGCAUCGACAAGGCGGUCCAGUUCUUCGUGCAGGCCCUGCGCAUGGCUCCGGACCAUGAGAAAGCGCGGCUUGCCUGCAGAAACGCCAAAGCGCUGAAGGCCAAGAAGGAGGAAGGCAACAAGGCGUUCAAGGAGGGCAGCUUCGACGCCGCCUACGUCCUCUACUCGGAGGCGCUUACAAUAGACCCCAACAACAUCAAGACCAACGCCAAGCUGUACUGUAACAGAGCCACCGUGGGCUCCAAGCUGAAGAAAGUAGAACAGGCCAUCGAAGACUGCACAAAGGCCAUUAAGCUGGAUGAGACCUACAUCAAGGCCUAUUUGCGGCGGGCGCAAUGCUACAUGGACACGGAGCAGUACGAAGAGGCGGUUCACGACUACGAGAAAGUCUACCAGACAGAGAAGACCAAAGAGCACAAGCAGCUGCUAAAACACGCGCAGCUGGAGCUGAAGAAAAGCAAGAGGAAAGACUAUUACAAGGUGCUCGGCGUGGACAAGAACGCCACCGAGGAGGAGAUCAAGAAGGCGUACCGCAAACGGGCGCUCUUGCAUCACCCGGACCGCCACAGCGGCGCCAGCCCGGAGGUGCAAAAGGAGGAGGAGAAGAAGUUCAAGGAGGUAGGCGAGGCCUUCAGCGUGCUCUCGGACCCCAAGAUGAAGUCGCGCUACGACAGCGGACAGGACCUGGAGGACGAGGGCAUGAACAUGGGCGAUUUCGACGCCAACAACAUUUUCAAGGCGUUCUUUGGCGGUCCAGGAGGUUUUAGUUUUGAAGCCUCCGGACCGGGAAAUUUCUUCUUCCAGUUCGGUUAAGUGGUCCCUUUUCCCGCCGGUCCGGCACUAUGUCAGGAUUUGUCGAUGCGCGCCGCCCCUAACCUCCGACCCGCCGUCUGUAUCCUCGAGCCAAUGCGGAUCCUUGUCUUCUACGCCAUUGACGAAACCACACCCGCAGCAACCAAUCGCAGAAAAGCCGUACAUGGAAGACGUUAGAAGUGAACAUGGUGCAGCUACUUUAUUCUUUUUUUUUUGUUCUCCGUAAGGGGGCCACGCGGGAAGUCAAGACUGCUUCCCGGUCUGCAUGAUACCACAACCGCCAUUUUGUUCUUUGAAGUAUUUCAUAGGGACGGUCGCUUAACGGCAUCCUCGCCAGUGUCCAUCCAUUGUAUGUAUGGAAUCCCACUUUUUUUAUAUUUGACGUUGCCAUCCACAGAUUGUUCCGUUGCACAUAUGACUGGAAUGUAAUAUGUUGAUUUUGGGGGGGGGUCAUCCUCCUUUUUUUGAUAUUUAUUGUCAUUUUUUUUUUUUUUUUUUUUUUUUAACCCUCCCACAGCGCCAGUCACUGCUUCCUAUCCAAGCAACAAAUCACCAGGAAGAUAUUAUUUUCCAAGCAUUAAAAUGCAACACAACGUAUGGAUGGGAGCAUAUUUAGAAUGUUGCGCAUGAAAACAAAACAAAAAUCGGGUCCAGGCAUACUUCCUGAUGUUAAGAAGGUGGGGCAAAAUAGGGGCGUCAUCACCUUUUGUUUUCAUUGUCAUUUUGGUGAAACCUUCCAGUUUUUAUCAACCGUGUCAAUAAAAUAGAGGUCUCACCUGU